UGUUAGCCGUGCACAAUAUCCCAUGAAAAUACAUGUGAUUAGUGCUAAGUAAAUGGCCUACUUGUCAUAUAAUAACACUUUUUUUGUGCCCAACCAUCUUUGCCCUCCCAAUAAGCUACACCAAAUCUUUUACCUCUCUUUUUUUCUUUUGCACAACUUCAAUUUUACUACCUGUCAUCUACUAACUUGUCACGUAAUAGGAGGAGGGUUUCAAGAAUGUACCAAAACCCAUGCCUCUUGAAAGAUACACAUACUCAUACCCAUGUCAUAAAAACUAUACUUUACACAAUAAUAUAUAUGUAGGAGAAGACCCUUUUUAAGUACAACACAAGAGGGGACACUCAAGUUGCAGAAACUUAAAACUUUCUUUUGCCAUUCCAAUGGAUCCACCGCCACUCCAUGUCCUUUCCGGGCUCACUCCUCCUAUCUCCCCCAAUAUGACGGCCAACUCACUUGCCACACCGGCCACUGCUGUCCAAAUUAACUAUGCGGAUUCCAUGGAAUCAUCCCCUCGCUCCCGCCCAGGAGAUUCAAACGAUCAUCAUCUUGAACGUGAGAUACUUCCACCAGUCCCCGGCGCCAAGCUCCGUCUAAUGUGCAGCUUUGGAGGACAUAUCAUGCCUCGUCCGCACGACAAAUCGCUAGUUUACGUUGGUGGCGAGACAAGACUGGUCGUCAUUGAUCAACAUUCCUCCUUCUCCUCCUUUUGUUCUCGUCUCUCUCGAACUCUCCUCAACGGCCGUCCUUUUACCUUGAAGUACCAGCUUCCCAAUGAGGAUCUAGACUCGCUUGUUUCAAUCACGACCGAUGAGGAUUUUGAAAAUAUGGUGGAAGAGUAUGAUCGCCUGUCAGAAAGUUCAACUUCCUCUCUGUCAUCUUCCCGCAUCCGGUUAUUUCUUUUCGUUAGCAAACUUGAAACUGCAGCAACCAUGGGGUCUCUGCUCGACGACGCCAAGUCGGAGACUUGGUUUGUUGAUGCGCUUAACGGUACUGGUUUGUUACCUAGAGGACACUCUGAUUCUGCUACUCGGAACUGCUUGCUGAAUCUUGAUGACAGUGAUUUGGAAGCACAAGUAGAGGAAGAGAGCAAGCAACAGGCUAAGAUUCGUAAUGAAGAGGUGCAGCAGACUAUGCCUGACUCUCCUAUGGUGGAGAAAAGCUCCUCUUUUGGGUCUUCUUCUUCGUCGCCUUCCAUGUCGAACUUACCGCCUAUUCGAGUACGUGCUGAGGAGCAAAAGGUCGGAAUAGAGGAGCAGUUUGCGCAACUGAGUUUCCCUGCCAAUAUGCAGAAGCAAGAAGAUGGUUAUGGCCUUGUAUCUACUGCUCCACCUCCAAUGGCUGAUGCAUCUAUUAACCAUCCAGGAAUUAACAGGGUAUUGUCCGCAGAUGAAAUAUCAGAUCAAGGUGAGCCUGGUGGGUUCCGGAGACCUCCUCUGCCAUUGCAGCCAAAAGCUUCUUGUACCAGUUAUAAUUUGCCUUCCCCUGAUUCAGUUGCCAGUGACAGUAGUAUUGCAUCUACAAAUUCUUUCUCAAAGCCUGUUUACUAUCAAGAUCAACAAGCUAAUCAUGUUGCACUGAGAGAAACAGCCAGAGCAACCACUAACAUAAACCCUGAGCAUUCAGUCCCAAACUCUGCAAUCCAGAUUCAGCAAGUUCAAGAUUCUGGAUACAUAUUGCCGCCUCCACAACUCAAUCCACAACAACAAAACCAGCAGCAGCAGCAACCUCCACAGCAGUUUGUACAUCCCAGCGUGCACUACAUUCUAGAUCCUGCCUCAGCUCAAGUGCCAAUGGCAUCUUACUAUCCAGUCUAUGCACCCUCAGUGCAACAGCAGCAACAGUUUCAUCAUCACCCGGCUGAUCAGAACUACCCGGUAUAUGUCAUGCCGGUUGCCCAGGCCCAAACAUACACAGCAAUCCAAUCUAACAUUGCUGAGACUUCUGUUGUGGGUUCAAGUCGGCCACUAACACCUCCAAAUCAUAACAUAGUUGCAAGCUCUGCAGCUUACAGAGAUGGCAUUCCACCAAUUUACCCGGCGAAACCAGCUACAACCCCUAAACCUGAAAUACCUUCAAGUGUUUAUAAGACAACCUUGACAACAGCUCCUCAAAUGGUGCAAGUCCCCUCCAGCCAAUUUCACUCACAGUAUGUGGGAUUUCACCCAUCACAGUCCAUUGCAGUUGCUCCUGCCGCUUCUGGUGCCAAUUUCGGUUAUGAAUUUCCCAGUGCUGCACAAGACCAACUUUACUACAAUCAACACCAAGUUGCUCCAUUGCCUUCCCAAUAUCAGACUAUGACACCAGCUGCAGCUGUGGCCGCAUUAGCAAAUGCUUCAAAACAGCUGCCUGUAGAUGGUAUCAAACAGCAGAUAAUAAGCUCACAGCCAUUAUAAAGUGACAAUAGCAAAUUGAAUAAACAAAUUGCUCUUCAUAUCCUCCGAUAUUCAUGCAUAUAGGAAGAUCUUAUGUUGCCAUAUAUAUAUAUGUACAAGAUAAUGGACUUGUUUAAUGUUCUCUUGUCUUUCUUGUUAUUUUCUUUUGCCAGUGAGAAUAAAAAGUGGUAUGACAUGUAACCAUGAGAAUUUGGAUAACUAACUAGUCCUGUUCAAGCAUUUCUUUCUAUUAAAUUCUCAUUUAUGAAAGUGAACACUAGAUUGAUACAUGAUAAUUGUUCCCCUAUGCUAAAGUUGAAGAAAAUUGAGAGCAGCUGGACCAUUAUCUUAAAGAAGUUAUUAUGUAGUCAUAGAUUUUUUAUAAAUUUUGAUCGGGAAAGAAAUCAUAGUUCAGUCAUAUAGAGAGUAGACCCAAGUCCUCCGAUGUUCCAUCUGCAUUUUUUCAUCAAAGGGAAGCUAUCGAAAUGCAACAUCAGAAGAAGCUGUUCAGAUCUAGUCAACUGAUUAGCUCUAUGUUUUAGUGUUUCAGUAUUAAUCUCCAAAUACUUUAUUAAAAUCACUGAUCUCAUAACUUUUGGUGCAUUAAAGAAACUUAUAUAAAGAGCAUUAACUAUUCUCAUCCACCAGCACAUGUGAAUAAUGCAGUAACACAUGGAUUCCUGAUACGCAGUAACAUGAACAGAGUGGGUGUUUUGCAGACUGGUGAUAAACUAUUUUUCAAUGUUCUUACCUAAACUAAAUCUGCCAAAUCUAACACAAUUCAAGACUUCAAUUUUUUACUGAUAAAAAAGUUAAAUAGAAAAC